AUGGCCAGGCCGGUCGAUACUCAGGGAUCGUUUCACAACCUUACAGUGCAAGGAAGUGAAGACAACAUGUUGUUUGGGAUCCAAGAAAGUACUGCAGAGAGAUCCAAGAUCAACGACAGGAGCACACGAGCACCAGCUCCCCCUGUUCCCUUGCCCACAGACAACGGCGACUUGUCGUUCCUGGACGCUGGUUUUGCCGGAGCUGAUCUGAGAGGGCAUGGAGGAGGGGAAAGAAGAACGCCGUCGGGGCACAGCACAGACGAGAAUGAUACUCCAAGUGCUCGCAUCAUCCUGACGGAAGAAAUGGCAUGCGAAAUAUACUCUAAGAGGACAUUUGGGGAGACGCGGAGCACGCUGGUAGCACAGGAGUACGGGGUGAGCCCCAAGGCGAUAAGGGACAUCUGGAACAGGAGGACGUGGUCGUAUGCGACCUACGAUCUGUGGACGGCAGAGGAGCUGCUGGACUACAGGAGGAGCAGGAGGUGUGAGAAGUGUAACACUGGGCAAGGAGGGCACUGUGUGUGCCUGCCUGUGAAGCGGCAGGGGAGGCCAGCGGGAGCCAAGGACUCGAAGCCGAGGAAGAAGAGGCAGUUCCCGGUGACGGGGACAGAAGGGUUGGCAGCGAAAGAGGUAGGAGGAGGGCCGGCGAUGACCAGGAGAGAGCAGGUGCAGGAGCAACCUGGAGCUGUCAAUACGAGCAUGCCGAACGGCACCGUAGCCCCUGGCAGCAGCAACCAGGUUGAUCGCCCGCACGCUUUGCCCUCCACCACCACCACCACCUCCUCCUCAGUGAGGAAUAGGAUGCAGAUGAGAUCAAUGGAGCUGGAGCUGGAUCUUCCGCAGGAGGAGGGGGAGGACGACUGGAUGCUUUGCCCGGAGACGAUAGGGCAGUUCUUGGAGGUAGAGCCGGACCCUGGCUUCCAUGAAAUGGAACAGGAUGAGAUUUUUGCUGGAGAGAGGUUGGCGUGA